AUGAGCGUUGCUAGAGUUGCUAGUAAUAUUGCAAGUAUUUCUGCGUAUCCUAUUAUUGCCAAACUCGGAGAUGUUGCUGCAGUCUUCCACUCCAUGGGUACAACCGGAUUUGGUCUCACACAGCAGGUUUUCAUUGCUGAUGUCACCAAUCUAAUCAACCGUGGUUUAUGGUCAACGUUGCCCGACUCAAUCUCCACCAUCCCAACACUAUACCUCGGGAAGACCGCAGUCAGUCAUGGACUACUCAACCUGGCGCUGGGGCUGGGUGAUCGCCGGCAGAAUGCUACAUUUAUUGCAUUGAUGGUUGCCGGUAUCGUUCUUCUUAUUUUAUUUGUUCUCUGGGAUAUUUUGUUUGCCAAAAAGCCAUUUAUUCCCUAUAAAAUGGUUAAGAGCAAAACGGUUGCCGCUGCUUGUCUCUUAGGAGCGUUGGACUUUCUCCAUUAUUCCAUGUUCACAGUGUUUUACAGCAGCUAUCUUCAGGUCGUGGGUGGAUAUUCUCCCGGACAUGCAACCAGGAUCGAGUAA